GUAAGUGCAUCCAACUUGCUGUCCAGAUAUACUGGGCUCUGCCUGCAAACAGAUUCAUCCGAUCAAUAAGCAUGAAUGAAGACGACUACAACAAGAUCUAUGACACAAUCCAAAAAGAGGGAUGUAUGAGCUUCCAGACCAACCAGAAGAAAAUGAAGGUGCCCUUUAUGAUGAUGUCUGCCACAAUUUGGGCUCAGAAAGCAAUUUAUAUGCCACACAACUGGAAACCGAAACCCAUGAAUAUGACUCUUUGUCAGCUUGUGUUGUUCAGAGUGAGGAGAACAACUUGAUCUCUUCCCAACCAGAAUACGACCUGCCUUACGAGAAAGGCCCAGAAGACCUCAAAGAUCUUCAACCAGGGGAGCUCCAGGAAGAUGGGGGCAUGACCAGAGAAGAAAUAUACUUAACCCCUGAGGACGAAGAACUUGACUCAGAGAACCCCCAGGAGAAUGGAAGCAGGAUGAAGGAAGACCCGCUUUCCAUGCAGGAAAGCACGGCCUUCUCUACCUUGUUGGAUUCCCCUGCUUGCUAUUCUGCUGAUGAUAAUUUGGGAAAAAAGGAAUCAGCUUCUGAGAACCCUGAGAUUAGUCUCUAUGUGAAGGUGGUAUUGUACCAUUUACUCUAUUAUGUACCUUGCUUUUUUUGUGGGGAGUCUAUUGGGAUAUAACUUACA